CGGCCAAGAGCUGCCAGGUGGACAACGGACGGGUGAUUGCUUGCUUCGACUCCCUCAAGGGCCGUUGUUCCAGAGAGAACUGCAAGUACCUGCACCCUCCUCCCCAUCUAAAGACUCAGCUGGAGAUCAAUGGCAGGAACAAUCUGAUUCAGCAGAAGAAUAUGGCCAUGCUGGCCCAGCAGAUGCAGCUUGCCAAUGCUAUGAUGCCCGGCACGCAGCUACCCCCUAUGCCCAUGUUUUCAAUGACACCAGGCCUGGCAACUAACGCCAGCGCAGCAGCAGCUGCUGCCGCUGCAGCCUUUAAUCCCUACCUGAGCCCUGUGUCUCCGAGCCUGAUGCCUCCGGAGAUCCUGCCCAGCACCCCUGUGCUUAUGGCCUCCAGCCCCACCGUCAGCCAGGUUCCCAAUGCUGCUGCUGCUGCAGCCCAGAAACUGCUGAGAACAGACAGGCUUGAGGUGUGUCGGGAGUACCAGAGGGGAAACUGUGCUCGGGGGGAGGGCGAGUGCCGCUUCGCUCACCCUGCAGACAGCACCAUGAUCGACACCAAUGACAACACCGUCACUGUGUGCAUGGACUACAUCAAGGGUCGGUGCACCAGGGAAAAGUGCAAGUACUUUCACCCCCCGGCCCACCUGCAGGCCAAAAUUAAGGCCACCCAGCAUCAGGUGAACCAGGCCACGGCUGCCGCGGCCAUGACUCAGUCGGCUGUCAAAUCACUGAAGCGACCCCUCGACGCAACCUUUGACCUGGGCAUCACCCCUAGUGUCAUGGCUCCCCUCCCAAAGCGGGCGGCUCUGGAGAAGGCCAACGGGGCCACAGCCAUGUUUAACACUGGCAUGCUUCAGUACCAACAAGCCCUGGCCAGCAUGCAGUUUCAGCAGCAAGCUGCUUUCCUCCCAUCAGGCUCAAUAUUGUGCAUGACACCUGCAGGCAGCAUUGUUCCCAUGAUGCACGGUGGUACUCCAGCCACUGUGUCUGCAGCCACCACAUCUGCCACAAGCGUUCCCUUCGCAACUGCCUCCACCAAUCAGGACUCUUCCUUAUCAAAGUUGACUACCAACGAAUACAUGCAAUUGAUUCCAAUAAUAUCUGCAGAUCAUCUGAGUAGUCACAAGUACUUGACUCAAAUGUAGUUCCUCUUAAGAACAAUCAAAUGAAUGUGUGCUGGCACCGUCCAAGCCAAAAGAGUUAAGCCUUUAUGUACAUAACCUUCAGAAUGUCAAGCAAUGGGACAAGGAGGGUCAGCCAUCUCUUAGCCUGUCCACAAUGAGGGACUCGUCACAUGUGUCAAGGGUACAACACACGAUCUGUGCCAUCUUCCCACAUAUCAAUAUCCAGAAGAAUUCGCCGUCAGAAUCGACGUCCAGCAGAGAAGAUGAGGACGAGUUGAUGGAAACAAUCGCGUAACACCUCUGUGUCUAACUGAAUCAUACCACUCAGUUUGCUCUACUUGUUAUCAUAACUGCAUGCACAGAAGGUUAAGGGCGUCGUUGCUACAUGACAACAUCUACUGCUGGUACGUUAACAGACCAAGAGUUUUCCUUCCUCUUUACUGUUUCUUUUUUCAGCUUUAUUUUUAAUCAAUAGCCAUAUUUCAUAGUUUACAAGUGGAAUGCAAAUAUGCACCUUGAAUUUAAUUGAAAUCUGAAAGGCACAAUGAUAUUAUAAAUUUUUAUUUUGUUUUCUUCUCUCUGCCAAAUGCAUUGGGCAUGUACAGUAUUGUGUUUUACGGCUACUAGUGAAACUAGAUGUUGAAAUGAGGGUCUUGGACAUAUGAAUGUUCUGGGUAAACCAACAUACCUGUGUACCUUGAAAGCACAGCCAGGCUAGCUUUUCUCACCUUGUCAUGUGCCAUCAAGGCCAUACAGCUAAAACCAGAGUGUUAUCUCAGCAGUGUUAUUUGUUUACCGAAGGUAAAACUUUUGUAUGGCUCUUUUUGUAUUGUUUUCUUUUAGAAUCUCCAUUCUGAGUGUUUUUUUAUUAUUAUUAAUAUUAUUAUUAUUAUUUUAAUCUUUUUUUUUUAGAUUUCAUUAGGUGUGAAAGUGGGGUUUAAUUUUUUGUUUUGUUUUUUAUCAAAAAUGGAGAAUGUUUUUCUAAAAAAAAUCCGUCAUGCCUCCUUUAAUGAACCAGUUUUAUUUGUCAGGAUAAUUUGUUAAUCAAGUCCGUCGACUCUAAAGCCUGGGGAAGUAGAGGGAGUAGCUUUAAUUAGUGUUCUGUUACUUUAUUCCCUUCCUUUUAAACAGGAGCAGCUCUAAAAACGUGUCUCCAAGAAGCACUUUUGAGCCACUUUUAAAAACAACAGGCCCAAAGGCCUUGUAGGUCAUGAAAAACCAUUCGUGCACUUCAGUUUCUUGGUUCACUCUGUUUCAGCUUCUCAUUUUUACUAUAGAGUGCUACUUGCAUUUCAAGUAGAUUAUGAAGCUUUUGUUGAUCUCACUAUGAAACCAAAGCACAGAUUUGCUCUUAAGUCUUACUCACAUCUAGGUCGAGGAUUAAACAGAUAAGGAAAUAUGUUAAUUAUCUUUCCUCCAUGUGCUUGUUGUAUGAUUAUUUCCCUCUUAGGUCUUCACAGAAGCGUGUGCUGUGUUUUUACCAAUGUUAUGUACCUAACAAAGCCUUAGAUCACAAUUUAUGGGUCUGUACCCAAUCAAAUGUCCUUUCAAUCACCAUGCAGGUAUAUAUAAAAAAAAACACCAUUGAGUUUUCUACUUCACACAAGCCGCUUUUUAUCCUUUUUUGUUGUUGUUUGUCUCUCUUUCUGAAACAAUUACUCUCCUAAAUUUCAUUGAAUUUAUGUGUUAUGUACUACUUAAGACUUUGAAUCUAUUUGAGGUAUGUAGUUUUAGACUUUUUCCUUUUCUUUGCCUUACUAUAUUAUUACUUGACAGCAUUCAUAUAGCCGUUGUAGAUGUUAAGAUAGUAUGACAUUCAUAACUUUUUCAAACCAUAUAGAGGAUAAUGUGUUUAAAUACUCACUUCAUUCAUAUAGCUGGAUGUCUUUCUCAUUUGUUGUAUUUGUCAGUUAAUUUUAUUGAUGAGAAACUUUUUGAUACAAGGAAUGAGAUGAUUGUCGGAAAAAGCUCCGAUUUUCCUUGUAACAUGUCAAUGUCAUGUUUGAAAAUACUAUAUUGUAUUGAAAAAAAAAAAGUGGAUUGUCCAUGUUUGAGAGAGGAAAAAAUUAUUUUCUACUGUAUCCAUUUCAAAGAGAUAUGUAGUUUUGUUUGAAUAUUAAGUUUGCCCUGAAUGUCAGGCCAAAACGAGCAGUGAGAUUGAUGUUGAUGUUUGUUGAGAUUUGGAGUGAGGAAAGCCGAGACUUUUGCCCCCCCGCUGGGGAAGAGUCGGACAUGCUGCAGAUAAUGAGUUCUAACCUAAGGGAAGAAGGUUAACUUUUUGCACUUCUGUAUAUAGUAAAAUGAACAGAGAAAAAAAAAACGUGUAUCAUAAUGAGAUAUUAUUUUGAAUAAAAAGAAAAAUGAUCUAUAAUUAUAAGGAAUUUUGUUAGAUUAAUUUAAAAUUCUUAAAUCAGAAGACCAGCUAAAAUUCGCUUGCAAAGAAGGGCACUAGUUUCUUGGCCAAUGCAUUCAGAGAAAGCUAUGCGCUUAUUUUACAGGUGGCUCGUAAUGCCAGGGAAUGUUGCAGGGGAGUGGAUUUCCCCGUGUCAUGCUAACUCUAUGCCUCUGAUAUGAUGACAUAUCCAUUAAGAUCCAUAUACUCAUUUACUGGACAAGCAGUGUCCCAUGGUACAGUAGAUACAUGAAUCUAUAAAAAGUAAAAAAAAAAAUCUUCUAUUAUAGUUUGAUUUGAUUGCAUGUAAACAAAAGAAGCUGUGUAGAUAUAUAAGGACAGACGGCACUUUGAGAUCCACAAAACCUAAAAAAAGAAUAAUAAUAAUAAUAAUUAGUUCUUUUGUUUCUGAAAUCAUACAUACCGUAGAUAACAUCUACAGUGUGGAGAAAUAAUACUUUUAAAAACAAGUCAUCUUACUCAAGUAUUUCCAAGCAAACAAGUUAUUAAAAAAAAUAAUAACAUAUUAGCACUUGUCCACCUCAGAUAUGUUCAGAUAGAGAAUUACAGUCCCCACUAACUCACAAACAGUUGUUCUUGCUUUUCUUAGCUGUGCACUCAGCAGGCGAAGGCUCGUCAUACCAAAUGCAUAUUUGGCAAAUUCCUCUUUAAAAUGAAUGUAAAAGUCAGUGUCAAUAUGUUUCUAACCUGAGGCUGCUUUGUAUAGUCGCUACAUAACCAAAGCACCAUUUUCUCAAAAAAAACCAAGACUUUUCAAGUCUUCUGGCUGCAACCAAGGUCUUUCUUCUUCCCUGCUGGGUGCACGUUUGCUUUUGACUGCUUUUUACUUGUAAGCGCAGACACCAGUUAUGUAUUUGCUAACAGCUGUCACAUGAUGAUGUACUAUUCUGUCUCCAGAUUUGUUUAUGCUCAUUUUAUUGUUGCCAUAUUUGACUCUUGCUGUAUGGAUGAAAACAACAACAAAAAAAAUCUGAAUAAAAUUUGAUUUGCUCAUGCAA